CAAGAGAAAGGCACUGUGACCCGUCGUAUCAUACCAAAUCGCACGAACGGUUGAAAAGGCAUCCGGGACUUUGCUGUCGGCCAUAGUGGAAAUGGCGGGUGUUAGCUUACGUGAAUGACGGCGACCGUGCUUGAGAUUAUCGUCAAAAAGCAAGUGUUCCGUGUGUGUUUCGCGACACGGAAGCGAUAACUUAGUGUCAUAUGAUUCAUCUGGAAGGUAAAGAUGCAGAAUGUAGCACAAGGAACAACCUCGGAUAGUCAAAAUCACGAAAAAUCAGCGAGCGUUCACCACGAUACUGGGAAGACGUCGUCGACUCCCCAGUCCUCGAACUCUAGUCCCACCAAGUCGGAAACCGAGACCUUUUCAGAAUUGCAGCCACGCUUUAUGACAGACUCGUCGGAGAGCGAAGAAGACAGCGUUUCAGAGGUGGAGUGUUUUGCAAUUGAUCAAGUUGAGUUGGAUGAAGAUAAUCAUCUAGAGUCAUCAAAAUUUCUAUUGAACCCGGAGGACCCUGAAAGGUCAGUAGAUCCUGUAACUCAAGCGCGUUUGGAAGCUCUUCUGGAGGCAGCAGGUAUAGGCAAAUUGUCGUCAGGCGAUGGGAAGCACUUGGCAGAUCACGAGGUGCUCCGUCGUUUAACAUCUAGUGUUUCUUGCGCAUUGGACGAAGCAGCAGCAGCAUUAACGCGUAUGCGUAGUGAUAAUCCACGUGCCCAAAACGAGAAGCGUUCGCUUGUGGAGGCCUGCACUGACGGAGACGUUGGUACUGUAAGAAAAUUGCUGACAGAAGGUCGCAGUGUUCACGAAACAACAGAAGAAGGAGAGAGUCUACUCUCUCUUGCUUGUUCAGCUGGUUACUACGAGCUUGCUCAGGUAUUAUUGGCAAUGAAUGCAAACGUAGAAGAUCGUGGCAUCAAAGGGGAUUGUACCCCUCUUAUGGAGGCUGCCAGUGCAGGCCAUGUGGAUAUUGUAAGCUUACUUAUAGCACAUGGAGCUGAUGUUAAUGCUCAGUCAACUUCAGGUAACACACCUCUUAUGUAUGGAUGUGCUGGGGGUCACGAGGAAGUUGUACGGGUAUUAUUAGAAGCAGGCGCCAAUGUUGAAGAUCAUAAUGAAAAUGGUCAUACACCUUUAAUGGAAGCAGCUAGUGCCGGGCAUGUUCCAGUUGCCAAAAUUCUACUGGAUCAUGGCGCUGGCAUUAAUACUCAUUCUAAUGAAUUCAAAGAAUCUGCUUUAACAUUGGCUUGUUAUAAAGGACAUCUUGAAAUGGUGCGUUUCUUAUUGGAAGCUGGAGCUGAUCAGGAGCAUAAAACUGAUGAAAUGCACACUGCCCUCAUGGAAGCAUCUAUGGAUGGCCAUGUAGAAGUAGCACGUUUACUUUUAGAUUCCGGAGCUCAAGUAAAUAUGCCAACAGAUAGUUUUGAAUCACCAUUAACUUUGGCAGCUUGCGGUGGCCAUGUAGAUCUUGCAAUGCUACUUAUUGAAAGAGGAGCGAAUAUUGAAGAAGUUAAUGAUGAAGGUUAUACACCUUUAAUGGAAGCUGCACGAGAAGGUCAUGAAGAAAUGGUUGCAUUACUUUUAAGUCAGGGUGCAAACAUCAACGCCCAGACAGAAGAAACUCAAGAAACAGCACUCACUUUAGCAUGCUGCGGGGGUUUCUUGGAGGUAGCCGAUUUUUUAAUUAAAGCUGGAGCUGAUGUUGAAUUGGGUGCAUCUACCCCUUUAAUGGAAGCUGCACAAGAAGGACAUUUAGAUCUUGUUCGAUAUUUACUUGAAUCUGCUGCCGAUGUUCAUGCUCAAACACAAACAGGAGAUACAGCAUUAACAUAUGCUUGUGAAAAUGGCCAUACUGAUGUCGCUGAUUUCUUAUUACAAUUUGGCGCUGACCUAGAACAUGAAUCUGAAGGAGGUAGAACCCCUUUAAUGAAAGCUUGUAGAGCAGGUCAUUUAUGCACUGCUCAGUUUCUUAUUACCAAACAUGCUGAUGUCAAUCGGCAAACAACAAACAAUGAUCAUACUCCUCUUUCAUUAGCUUGUGCUGGAGGUCAUUUACCCGUUGUUGAACUUCUUUUAGCACAGUCUGCAGAUCCAUUUCAUAGACUUAAGGAUAAUUCUACCAUGCUGAUAGAAGCUGCGAAAGGUGGACACACUAGUGUUGUCCAACUUCUACUAGAUUAUCCUCACAGUAUUAUGAUGACUGCACCUCAUAAUGCUGCUCCUGCUCCUAUGUUAGUUCCCCAACAACAACAACAACAGCAACCACAGCAGCAGCAACAGCAACAACAACAGCAACCGCAGCAGCAGCAGCAGCAGUUACAACAAUCGCAGCAACAGCAAUCGCAGCAACAACAACCACAACAGCAGCAUUCUACUCCUAUUACGCCUACAUUACAGGAACAACAGCAGCAGCAACAGCAGCAGCAGCAGCAGCAAGCUGGAGAACAAUCACAAAUACAAAACCUUCAACCAAAACAUAAUACACAAAAAUCAUUAUUAAGAAAAAACCGAUCUGCAACUAUAAUACCGGAUACAAGUCUUACUUCUGCUGAAGCACAGCAAGUUCGUUCUCAACCUGCAACAGAAACAAUAGUUCCAGCAAAGGAUGAUACUAAUAUUCUGGAUAAAGGUAGCGGAGGAUUCAGUGGUGUGUCUGCACCGAACAUCAGUUUGAGUCCUGCUCCAGCACCAACCUCUGGAUUGAAUAUUUCAGAAAGCAGGAAGAAUAUUCGACAAGAGCAAAUUCUACAUAAGCAACACAUCCUUGAAGAGUUGCAAAGGGUAGAAAGGGAACUGCAAAUCAAGGGUGCAGGUCAUUUAUUUAAUGGUCCAAGAAAUGCUAACGUUCGAUCUACUCAACAACCACAAGCUCAACAGCAAGAAUGUAAUGAACCCGAAACUUUCAUACCUGGUAUGCUCAAUAUUGACUUACCAGCUCAACCAGCAACUGCACCUCAUGGUUUAGUAUGCAGUACAACUGGUAUGUCAGGAAGUUCAUUAACGCAUCCAGCAACGCCUGAUGCAAUGACUCUUUACAAUAUAUUUCUUGAGGGAAAGAGAGUUGGCAUGGCCAGUGCAAUGAAAAAAGAGUCUUUCUCUACAGCAAAUAAAUUUCCUACUUCUCCUCCAUUAUCUCUUGCUGCAAUACCUUCAACAUCAACAGUAACUGUGGUGACUUCUAAUACGUCUUCAACGACUACACCGAGCCCACCUAGUAUUUCAACGCCGCCAACGGUUAUGGCAAUUUCGCAACCUAUUACUGCUAGUAGUGAUGUUAGCCAGAACACUGCAAUUAGUGAUCGCCCAAAAGCUAAACCUGUAUCGAAGAAAGAGGGCAAAAAUAUUCGUAAAGCUGCAUCUAGUAUGGCAGAUGGGAAAAUGCAGCAACAAUCGGCGACGUUGAUUGCUGGCCUCCAGCAGCAAUAUCAGCAGCAACAACAUCAUCACACUUAUCAAGUUCAACAAGUGCAUCAAUUACAACAGCUUAAUCAACAACUUCAAUUGCAAUUAGAUCAAGUACAGGUGCAGCAACAGCAGCAGCAACCACAACAGCAAGUACAACCACAGCAACAACCACAAGAUCAACAACAACAAGCACAACAGCAACCGCAAGCACAGCAACAACCGCAACAGCAAUCUCAACCAAGUAGCAUUGUUGCUGGUAAUGGAGGAGGAGUAUUGUUGCCUACUCAAUUGAUGUCGCACCUACAUCCUCCUCAUUCACAUCAUCUUCAUAAUCAGCAAGCAACAUCUCAGCAGAAUCUUCCAGAACCAACAGAUCCUCAGCUAACAAGAUUACAUAGAGAUGGAGCUUGUCCAUUCUUUGCUGCUGCUCAAAAAGCAAAAGCCCUUUCUAACAACGAAAGAGUAAUAAAGCUUGAAGAUGGAACUGAUAUUCCUCUUGAUGAUGCUUUUGAAAUUUUCCGUUCCAUUAGUUUUGAUGAUACGAUGGAUGCAACCGAAGAUCAAGAGAAACUCGAAUUGAAGAAAUUAGAGGUUUCCAAUAGUAAGGAACAACAAAAUCAACAGCAACUUGUACAAACUGCGCAAAUAAUUCGACAAAUAACUCAUCCUCAAGAAUAUUUUGGUGCUCCUAUACCUAAUGUACCACCAGCUUCGUUACCUACUUUACCAUCUUUACAAGUGACAAGUGCUGGAGUGCAAAUACAAGCAGACAUAAUUCAUAGUCAAGUAUUGAAAGCUCGACUUUACCAAGAAGGUUAUCGCGAUGGUCUUCAGUUUAGACAACAGCAGAUUAUUCACGAUACAUUUCAAUCACAAUUACUACUGCAAUCUUCUCAAAUAACAUUUCCUACCCAAACACUACCAACAAUUACUGGAGCAGCAGGAAUAAUGGAUAAUAUGCCACAUCAAUCCAAUGGUUAUGUACAAUCUACAGUUUGUAAUACGAAUCAAGUUCAAGUUGCCACCCAAACUCAAGCACCAGCAACGACCACCGUUGCAACUGUGAUUCCUCCCGACAAAAAACAAGUUUAUACAGCGCCAACAACAGGUAAAGGCAAGAAAGCAAGAUAUCCGCUUCUUUCUCAGCAGCAGUCUUGUCAACAACAAACAACUACCACUAGCCAGCAACAAACUCCAAACUUUCCAGCACAAAAUUAUCAAUUAGAUCCAGCAGCAGCUGCUGGUCAGUAUACAACAGGUGUUCCAGCAGUGGGUGGUUAUGCUACCAAUCAAGUACCACCAGUGCCAUUUGGAUGUAUGGAUGUAGAUUCGGAAACUGAUAGCAAUCAUGAUACAGCACUGACAUUGGCAUGUGCAGGUGGUCAUGAAGAACUUGUAGAACUUCUUCUAAGUCGUGGCGCAGAUAUAGAACAUAGAGAUAAAAAAGGUUUUACUCCGCUAAUCUUAGCAGCUACUGCUGGUCAUCAAAAAGUAGUCGAGAUUCUUCUUAAUCAUGGAGCUGACAUAGAAGCCCAAUCUGAACGUACAAAGGAUACACCUUUGUCACUUGCAUGUAGCGGAGGAAGAUAUGAAGUGGUUGAGCUCCUUCUUAAUCGUAGUGCCAAUAAAGAACAUCGCAACGUUUCCGAUUAUACGCCAUUAAGUCUUGCAGCAUCUGGUGGCUAUGUGAAUAUAAUAAAGCUUCUUUUAAGCCAUGGCGCCGAGAUUAAUUCUAGGACUGGUUCAAAAUUGGGCAUUUCUCCUCUUAUGCUUGCUGCUAUGAAUGGUCAUACUGCGGCAGUUAAAUUACUUCUUGAUAUGGGCAGUGAUAUUAAUGCACAGAUAGAGACAAAUCGUAAUACUGCUUUAACACUCGCAUGUUUUCAAGGAAGACAUGAAGUUGUUAGUCUUUUACUUGAUCGAAAAGCUAAUGUGGAACAUCGCGCUAAGACGGGAUUAACACCAUUGAUGGAAGCUGCUAGUGGAGGUUACGUCGAAGUAGGUCGUGUAUUGCUUACUAAAGGCGCUGACGUUAACGCAACUCCUGUUCCAUCCUCUCGCGAUACUGCCCUUACAAUUGCCGCUGACAAAGGUCACUGCCGUUUCGUAGAAUUGUUACUAUCCAGGGGGACUCAGGUUGAAGUGAAGAAUAAGAAAGGAAACAGCCCUUUAUGGCUUGCUGCUAAUGGAGGACAUCUCAAUGUAGUAGAUUUAUUGUAUCAUGCUGGUGCAGAUAUAGAUUCUCAGGACAAUCGUAAGGUAUCGUGUUUAAUGGCGGCAUUUCGCAAAGGACAUAUUAAAGUGGUCAAGUGGAUGGUAAAUCAUGUAACACAAUUCCCAAGUGAUCAGGACAUGACUAGAUACAUAGCUACUAUUAGCGACAAAGAGCUUUUAGAAAAGUGUCAAGAGUGUGUUAAAGUAAUAAGAGCUGCGAAAGAAACUCAAGCUGCUAAAGCCAAUAAAAAUGCAACAAUACUAUUGGAGGAACUUGAUAUGGAGAAAACAAGAGAGGAAUCGAAGAAAGCAGCAGCCGCUCGUAGACGCGAAAGAAAGAAAAAGAAGAAAUUAGAGAAGAAAGAGGAAAGACGAAAACUUCACGAAGAAAUUAAAAAACAUGAAUCAAAUUAUGAUGAAAAAGAUGAAAAUGAAAAGAAAUCUGUAGAUGAGGAAUGUGAUAGAGCGGAGGAUAGUGAGCACGAAGGCGGCGAUAGUUGUGAAAGAGUAGACAGUGUGCCCUCGCCUGUUAAUAGAAGUCCGGAAGAUCCUGACAGAGAGGAAGGUGAUAGUGGUAUUGAUGCUAACAGUCAAGGUAGUUGUAGUAGUAAUGAUGUCAAGGCGAGAGAGAAGAAGAAAGAUAAGAAAAAGAAAAAAAGUAAUAGUCCCAGCAACAAUGAAAAGGAUACUUCCCCGCAACGGUCGUCUAAAUCCAUUAUCACGCAAAAUACUUCCUUACCUCAAAAUACUGUAACACCUACUAAAUCGCAAAAUACAUCUUCCGAAAAAAGAAAUUUGAGUAAUGUCACCAGUGCAACCUCAACAACAUCUUCAUCAACUACAAAUACAAGAACAUCUGUCAAUUGUGGAGAACGUAAAUUGAAAGGACAAUUGGUAUUUGAAUCAUCGAGGCAUCCAGCUGAUAGAGAAGAUUUUGAGGCCACUGGCAAUGAAACUUAUAUACCUGGGAAAGGAAAAAAAGCUUAUAGUAAUCAAUAUGACGGGGAUUCUUUAAAUACGGCUUUAAAAGCAACUAGUACCACUAGUCCAAAACAAGGUGGUAAACGCGAGGAAGGUUGGAAAGAAGUCGUACGCAAGGGCCAAUCCGAUGAUUCGGGAAGAUUCAUGAAUUCUCCUUUCCGUUCUAAAAAAGUUGCAGUACCACCAAACGCUAUUAGCCGAGUAAUUGGUAGAGGUGGAAGUAAUAUAAAUGCCAUUAGAGGUGCAACCGGAGCUCAUAUUGAAGUAGAAAAACAAAGCAAAUCUCAAGGGGAAAGAAUAAUUACCAUCAAAGGAUCAUCUGAUGCUACAAAACAAGCACAUACACUAAUUGCAGCACUUAUCAAAGAUCCAGAUGUUGAUAUCCUGCAAAUGCUGCCAAAAUCCAAACUUACUGUUGUUACAACUUCAUCUUGGGAUAAAGCCAUCUCCACUGUUGCUGCAACAAAGGCUAAAGUUGGUCCUGUAAAUAAACCUACUUCUUUGGGAUCUACUAUCAAUAAUUCUCAAUCGAACAAAUCGUACAUGUCAGGAGUAUCCGCAGCUAAUCAAUUGAUUCCUCUUCGGAGCGCGUCCACCAUAAAACUUGCUGGUGCCUUUCCAACAUCUUUACCAAGAGCUGCAGCGCCCAGAUUGGUAGCAGCUGCAGCCGAAAAACGUGCACAAGCUGCAGCUGCCCAAAUGGCUUCGUCAUCUAAUACGAAGACAACUAUGUCUUAUACCAGCGCAAUCAUGACAGCGGGACGCGCAACAAAAAUUGUAACAACAAGUACCACACAAACGUUUGCAGCUAAGCUUUCUGAGAUCACUGCCUCAACGCAUACUUCUACCACUGUCAUGCAAUCGACUCAUACCACUGUAAACAAGCAAAAGUCUUUACAAGCAAAUACUGUGACCAUAGUAUCAGCCACAGCCGCAGGUACAGCUCAGACAUCUUCUCAGCAGUCUCUAGUUAGUACAUCGCCAAAGCACUGCCGACCACUGCCUACUUUAUCUGCCCCGCCAACAAUCGCCCCUCAUUAUACUGGAAAAUCUAAUUACUCGUCUGGCUCAAGUGUAACUCCGGCUGGCAUUAAUGUUACAUCAACAUGUUCGGAAACCAGCCUGGUGUCCACUUCUACUAAUUCUGUACGUGUAACACCCUCACCGCCAGCUAUAUCGCAAGGCCAAAACUUACAGCAACAGCAGCAACAACAACAACAGCAGCAGCAGCAACAACCAAACAAUGCACCACUCGAAUAUUCUCUAUUUAACGAUAGUUUCACAAAAGUGACACAGCAAUCUAUGUGGGGUGGCAGAGAAAAUGAAUCUCCAAAAAGCAUGAACUUUGCCACGGUUGCAGGAGGUGGAGUAUCAGUAAAUACAUCUGGUUCAUCAACAUCCAAAUUCAUUGAUAGCGUUCCACCUCAGGUGGAUGCAUCUAAGGCACCAGGUUACAGAGGAACAGCUAUGUGUUCUCCUGUUUCAAGUAAACCUAGUGGUGUAACAAAUACUUCUGGAAAUGCCAUGGGUAGUGGUAUUUCAUCCUCCGUACAUAAUCCAAUACAACCUUCCCAAUUCCAAUCCUCUGCGAACUAUAGCGAGCAUCCUCUUCCGAAUAAGCCACCACCUGGUAGUUUAGCUGUAGCUCGACCAGUGAUUCCUCAGCAAACUAUAGAAAUGGGUUCAACAAUGACGCAAUUUACUCGACCAGUCUUUCAAGGUGAUCUUACAACCCGAAAUCAGACAACACAUCAACCACAUGUUAUGCCCUCUACAUCUCAGCCAGCGCUGGAUGUUGGUCUAUUUAAAACUAAUAGCGGCAGUUACGAACAUCCAAGCGUAAAUUCGAGUUUGCUUAAAAUGGUACCAAACGAAGGGCAAGCAGCACAUCCUUUAUUACCUUUCCAUCCUCAUAUGCAAAAUUAUACGCAGACUAUACCACAGUCUGCUUCUGUAAAUACUACCGUUAGUAUGUCCAGGUUGAAUCCCAGAGCGCCCGACUUCUCUAGUUCAUUGCACUUGAGUAGCAAACCACAAGUGACUAUGUUUAACACAGGAUCAGGAAUUCACCCUAAUAUGUUUGCUACCGUGCCAGCACCUCCUCCAUCCGCGAUGCAAACCAAUAAUUUAGCCAUGCUGGGUAAUUUCCCUUUAGGAAAAUAUCAAGCUCCAUCUCGUGGAACACCUACUACUGGUAUCUCGGCAAAUGCUCAAACUCGUUGGCCAUUUGUACCUCCUCAUACUAAUUAUCCUCCGCAUCAAGAUCCCAUGAUGGGACAAAUUAGUUUUUCGAAUCAUAUGGCGAAUAUGACCGCGCAACCUGGUAAUAUAGACUUAAUUACAAGUCUGGAAAACGGAGGCUCACCAACAAUAUCACCAUCGUCACCGGCACAGGUGGCACAAGAAAUGAAUCAAUUAAAAAUAGAAGAUAGAAAAGUUCCACGGCCGAUUGGUACUGAAAGAGCAUGGAAGAAUUAUACAACUGCAGGAAUGGGACCUGGUGGUGAUGCCGAAUCCCUCAAUUGGAUGCUUAAUAAUGAGAAAUUAGUGGGAUCUUGGACGAAUUUAGCUCCUGGCAUCGAUAGGCAUCAAGUGUUUCGCUCAAAUGCUACCUACAACCGUAUGUCUAAUGUUGAUGCCGAACUUCAUCAAAUAAUAGAAUCUUCCUUCCAGGGUCACGUGGACGCUCAGCAACCUUUUCCUAAUGGAAGUGCUGCCACUUUAUCUUUAAUGCCAGGUUUAACUUUAUUGCCUGGACAAUUUGGGGCACCUGGACUAGCAGAAAUGCCUCCUACUGAACCAACGAAAUUAGAUGCCCCUUCUUGGGGAAUUCCUGAUGCUGUUCAAGACAAACAACAACAUCCGGGGUGGAAUAAAUGGACUCAUUAAACACAGAUCUCUCAUCUGAAGAUAAUAUUGCUUUGGUCUGAUCUGGAUGAAGAGAAAUAGAUUCACAAUUCAAAGUAGCGGUAGAUGGAACUGACAUUACGAAGCGUUGUUUCUAGGCUCAUCAACUACAUUACUACCUAUUAUAUUCAUUAAACUACAGAUUCAAUAUUACUUGUCAUGGUAGAAGAUAAGAUAGCAAAUCCUUACUACAGCUUAUUGCUAUUAUCUAGAGUAAUUAUCCGAUAAAUAUUGAAUACGGCAUGAACAGAUCAAUGACGGCGAAGGACCGACAAAAGAGAAAGUAAUGUAACAAUUAAGUUACUUCGUUCGUUUGUAAGUCGAUCCUUAACGCCGGUAGUAGCACGCUCUAGAACUAACCAACAAGAAUUGAAACGAUGUUGAUGAUGGUGACUCUGUUACUCUAUCACUCUAUCAUUGGAAUACUCUGCCAAUUUGCAAAAUACGAAUACAAUAUUCUUUACCAUUCGAUGCAAUGUGUGCGCAUAUAUUAUAAUGCAAAAAUGCACACUUGUAAUACAUAUGCACCAGAGACAAAUGUUUAGUUUUGAUUUGGACGGUAGUAAAUUCUACGUAAUGCGGAAAACUUUUGCCAAUGAUCAAUUAUUUCAUCAUUAUCAGCAGUCUCUUUGAAGCUUCUGUAUUCUAUAUUCUGUACUCUUAUAUGUUUUAGUUUCAUUGAAUAUAAGUAUGCUGUUAAUGAUAAUUCUUUAAUAUAUAGAAGACGCGAUAUAAUCAUUAAAUAUUUUCGCGAAUUUCACGAAAGUCGUGUAUAUUCCAUGGCUUUGCGUUCAAAUUUGAAUACAACCAUAUGCUGGAAGAUAUUGAUAAAAAUAAGUGGAAGUUCAGAAUCCUAUGUAAUUUCGUAUAAUCGAUAUAUUCGUUCUUCCUGUUAUAUCCUCUAUACUCGCUCAUAAUCAUUUAAUUGAUGCUGUUAGUACUAUAAUUCCACUGCACUCUAUAAAACUCAUGUUUAAUAUCAUUGUUAGCAGCGAUGAUAAUGAAAAACCUAUAGCGAACUGAUUGUAUAGAUUGCAACGAACGCGCACGUUUGGUGUUGCAUUGGCAUUAUUCGAUAACUAUGCUAGUUCGGAGCUUUAGUUCACCAUUCUCUGACACAAGCAUAUACGGAUAUAUUAUUUUCAGAUUGUCCUUAUUAACAAGAUAAUAAUCACCACCAUGUGACAGUUUAUUACGUGCACAGAUUAUCGUAUGACUGUUAGCAAAGAGAAAUUUAUACUUGAGCACAACGCAAGGAAAUGACCAGGCUCUUAAAACCCAAUCUAUGUAAGCAAUGAUGUUGGUAUGAACCAACAUAUAAGAUUGUAUUAAUAAUACAUUAUAUUACGUAUACUGAAUUCCUAUUCAGAUCAAUGAAUACUGUUCAUCAUUAAAGUGGUAGCGGACCGCCAACACGUAAUAUAACUGAGCGUGUCUUAGCGACAGUGCUAUUGUAAUACUAUUAUUGCUGUGGUGGUAAUGUUUAUUAUUAUAUUAUGAUUAUUAUUAAAAAAAAGAAAAAAAAAACAACUAGAGGAAAAGAGGGUGCAUAGGAAUGUGUCACCUGCUGUCUCGGCUGGACUAGUAGGAUAUACUAAGUAAUAUAGAUACACUCGAUAUAUGAAAUGUUCAUUUUAAUUGAACAUUUGAAAAUCUUGACGGGGAUUUCGGCAAGUGUUCAAUACAUAACGACGAUACUACAUUAUAAUUGAAACGGUCCCCGUAUAAGUUUCAAUUAAGCUCAUGAAAAACCAUACGAGGGCUUUGACCUAUAUUCCAGGGAGCGCUUCAAUUAUUCUCUAAGAUAUAUUGUUAUAAUUUAAAGCCUAUUUUCAAAUUUGAUUUAUGAUAAUUGCGAUAUAUGAUACAAAACUAUUAUAUGACAUAUAACAAUAAAGCAACUAAAUAAAUAAUGAUUUAAU